AUGGCAAGAUCCGCUGCGCUGUACGAGCACCAGGCUUUCGAGGGUAUCUCCGGUGGAGGCGCAUUCGAUUUGUGGCAGCCAAAAGGACCGACCUGCCAAAGUGCGAGUAUCCUACUAAGGAUUAUUAACCAGUCAAUCCAUUCAAUUCACCUCUCCAGAUCUCUUGACAAUGCCCAUUCCAAGACGAAGAACCCUCUGCACAACUCCCUCCGGCCCAUCGGGCGAUUCUCUCAACUCCCCCAGUCGCCCAACCGGCUUCCCCAGACGCGGACCCUUGGAGCAUCGCCACAGCCGCGAUUAGUGCGAGCAGUGCCGAUCCGGCUCGUAUUGAUGACGCAGUCAGCCCGCCAGGUGAUGCCGUUGUACGAGAAAUGGGCGGGCUGGCGGUAUGGCUGA